AUGGCGGUGAAAAAGCACGAACUGGUUCAUGACAAUCGAAAUCAAUUGGAUCUGCUGGCAUUGGAACAAUACAUUCAACUGAUGAAUGAUCAGACAGACUAUAUGCCUCCACCACCUCAAGAACUCGUGAAAAACUGUCAGGACAUUGUCAAAUGUCUUGCUCGUGCAUCUGGCAAUGAAGAGCAGAUGUGGAGUCUGUUACAAACUGUGGAAGAAUAUUUGCUUCGAAUUGUGAACACAGUUCACAGUAGUAUUCGUCACGAAAUUGUAACAGCAAUUCUUGACAAAUUCUACACGUUCAUCUCCGAUCCUCAAUCGGACGCUUAUCCUGCCGUAUCUGUGGUCCUUAUCGUGCUAGACUGCUCUGACGCAGAGGGUAAUUUAUCAGCUGCUCGCUGGCUAGUACAGCAGGAAGAUAACGGUCCGGCAGGAGCAGGUCUGAGAGCUUCUCUGUCUUGCCUCUAUUGCUGGCUACACGAGUGGCACGGUACUCCUGCAUUAGGAGAUUGGGUAUUGGCUUUUAUAAAAGCCUUAGAGGAAAAUGAACGCUUUGACAUCUUGAUUGAGGUAUCGGUAGAUAACUUGGGUCGCCUUUUCUUAGCUUUGAACGACCCUGUAUCACUCCGACAGUCUGUAGCCGAGGUGAUUUUCCACGUGUUGGCGGCACUCCGUGAAUCUACUGAGGCUUUUGAUAGGAUUGCACCCCACGUUGGUCGUGUUUUGGCUAAUCUUGCCAACGAUAGCGGUCAGUGGAGCCGUCAGCUUCUACAAAACGUUGUUGACAUUCUAACAGCUACAGUCGGCGGACAUGUCGAUGCUUUAAAAGGCGAUGCUCAGGAUAUGUUUAAAGACAAAUAUGAUGAUGUGAUUUUAUGCUUGGAACGACAUAUGGCCUCUCGUGGUAGCCGCUAUCUGCAGCAACACCCUUGGCGCGCUCGUAACGUUUGCUUGACCAGUGUAAGCACACACGCACCAAUGAGGAAGGUGGGGCUCCUGAACCUUGGCAACACCUGCUACAUGAACAGCGUCGUGCAGGCUCUGCUUGUCACCAGACAAUUUAGCACUCACGUUGUGCUGAAAAUGACCGCUGUGCCGUAUUGGGCGAAGAUGGCCACCCUGUUCGGCAAGAUGAUGCACUCCAUCACUACCAAACUGAACCCGGACGAGUUCUUUGCUGUGGUGAAGCCACCAUUCUUCACCAGGGACAACCAACACGACAGCUCCGAGUUCUUGGGAUAUUUGUUUGAGCUGCUGCAGUCCUAUGAGCACUGCUCUGAUCUGAACUUCGAUUACACUCGCCCAGCUGUGCUGUCCAGCCACAGCCGUCUGCGUAUAGUGUCACAGACAACUCCACAGGCUGCACAGUCUACAAGUACCGAUGUCAAUGACAACAAUAAUGGGGAGCCCGGACCCAACCGCCGUUCAGUAUCGCCCCGCCCCAGUAGCAGUGCUGCUGGAUCGAGCUCCGGUGCACAUAAGCGCUCAAGCACAGAGAUGGACAACACCCUUCCAAAGAAACGGCUCCGUAUGUAUGAGUCUGCGUUCCUCCGACGCGACUCUUUCAUUGACAGAAUGUUUGGCGGAGUCCUGCUUACUCGUGUAGAGUGCACCGAGUGCCACUCGUCGUCACUCUCCCGUGACGUGUUCCGUGAUCUGCAGCUAGCGUUCCCUGACAAACCAGAAGGCUGGCAACACAACGUACAGAGCCUGCUCGAGUAUUACUGCUCCAAAGAGAGCCUAACAGGCGAGAAUCAGUACCAGUGCCGUGACUGCGGAGUGCUACGUGACGCUGAAAGAAGCGUGCUCAUCGAAACCACUCCCAAGUACCUGAUUCUCGUGCUUAAGAAUUUCAAAUUUGACCCGAAGCUCCAAGUCCAGACGAAACUGAUGCACUCAAUGUAUCACAACCACACCAUCACAUUGCCGACGGUCCGAUCUCAGGCUGUACACGCCUCCUACACCCUAUACGCGGCCGUCAUACAUGCUGGAACAACUCUUGAUUCGGGCCACUAUUACACUCUGGCCAAAGACAACGACCAGUGGAAUAUGUACAACGACGACGUUGUCACGACGUCGGACGAAACCCAACUCAAUGGUUUGAACCGCUCGAGUACGCCCUACAUCUUGUUCUACAGGCGCACAGACAUUGAAGAGGGCACAGCUCCCUCUAUGGAAGAGCUUCCCCCUAAAGUGCAGGAGACCGUGAUGUCUCACAACAAGCAGUACGUCGAGACUGUCCGGAAAAUGCGUCUAGCGCGUCCAUGA